AUGGUCUAUGAGCGUAACGCCGUCCACCUGGCUGAGGACCCCGAGGCCCUGGCCGAGCGCGAAUGGAAUCAGAAGAACGGGAUCAAGGACGAGAAGUACAAAAAGGCGCUGUCGGAGGCUGACUUGUCGAAAGCUGGCGUGCCCGUGGCGACCGUUUCCCCUGCCUCUUCGGAUAGCGGAAAUGUGAGCUCGGCCUCUUCCCUGAAGAAGACCAACUCGUUCAAGGAGGCCAAGGCCGACCGGAAGAAGCGCAGCCGGGGCAUCAGCGGCAGCACCAGCAAGAAAGAUGGAGGCCGAUUCGAGCACGGGUUUGACAGCUACGACGACGACGACUUGUUCUCGGAGGACGAGCUGGAGGACCUGAAAAAUAUGAAGUUGAAGGACUACUCUAGCUGCGAGGAUGAGCCGGCGUCGGAUGUCGAGCGUGACAUCGCCGCUCUGACGCGAGAAUUCCACGACAUCAUUGCCAGUGGCGAGCCGGGUUCCGUCGACGUGGCCGUCAAGCUGUUUGUGGACCAGGAAAUGGACCUGCACAUUUUACAUUGUGCGGUGUGCGAGCUUGUUGAGGAAGACAUCAAAGAAACCCCGCUACUAGCGACAAUCGCCAAGAAUUCCUCGGCCGAGUACCACAUCUCGGUGAUGCUGGCCGUGUUCCUGUCCCGCCUCUACCCGGACGCUAAGGCCAACGUGAAGGACCAUCGCCGGCAGCUCGUCAAGAAAGAACUGAUCCGCGGCAACACAUCCGCCUUUGUCAACAUGCUAUUUGAGAACGCCCUCGACUUCAUCGAGUACGAGACCGACGAGCUGCAGGGCACCACGCAGGGUUGCCCGGAUGAGGCGGUCGACGCCAUCGUCUCGGCAAUGACGGGCGAUUGGUUCGACCGCGACUUCUACUUUGAACAGUGCAAGCCGCUCGAGCAAUUCCAUGUUGAGGUCAUCAAAAAGGCAAUCGUGGCGGCAAUCGAGUCCAUGGAGAUGUCGGUGAUCCAUCGCGUCGAGAAGUCGAUUUUGGCGUUUGCCAGCUUUGCUGGGGAGUCGUUCGACUGCACCUAUCGCCUUGCUCUCGCGCGCAUCGUGGCGAACAGCGGGGAGCUGGGCGGGACGCCCGCUUGGCCGAACGUGCUGCGCGUCAUCGUGGCCGGCAUCACGGAGAGCGAGCAGCUCUGGGCCUACUACUCUGGCCCGGGCCGCAACUGGAAACUGAUUCCAAAGUCGACGUGCACCAUCGCCCUCGAGCCCAACGACGACCACCUGAAGGUGCUCGACGAAGUGCCGAAGAACAACAUCCAGCUGAUCAAGCAGCUG